AUGGAGAUCCUGAAGCAGUUUGAUCAAAGGACAAAGGUUCCUCACUUGCUGAUCGAGCUGCGGAACGCGGGCUACAUUGAGAUAUGUGGCAAGAACAUCGGUGGCAUUUAUGAUAAAUUGGACGGUUUCUUCAAGACAUACUUUGGUGCUUCGGAGACCACAUUGGUUAUGCGCAGAGCUCCACCGAAUGAUGGCGAUUGUUGUGUCCAGGGAGGUAAACUCGCAAUGCUUCCCAAAGAGCCGUGCGACGAUGUUUGCGACAGGAAUUAUGUGUGUGGUGUUCAGCAGGGAGAUGGAAGUGUAGCCGGCAACGGCAAAUUCAAAAUGCGUGGAAAUGAGGGUGAGAACAACAUGGGCAAGCUGGCCAUGGAGGUCAUCAACUUCAUGACCAACGAGUGUGGAUGGGGCUUGCACCUCACAGAUGGCGGGAACCUUGGGCGGUUCGGUCAGACGCGCGAGACGCAAAUCAAGUUUAAGGCACCCCAUCCACUGAACCUCAUGGCACCCCACGUCAUGAUCGAGUUGAGGUCUGCGGGAUACAUUGAGGUGAAUGGCCACGAUACAAACGGAAUCUACAAGAAGAUUUCGGACUUUGUGAGACACAGAUGGGGUGGCUCUGUCGUGGGCGGAGACUACAAAGACUACUGUGCUCUGAAGUUUACCACUCCGGCCUUCAAAAAGAGAGGGAUGCAGGGCGAGAAUAACAUGGGCAUGAAAACAAUGGAGAUCGUAGAUUAUAUGACCAAAGAGUGUGCUUGGACACUGCUGACUUGCACCGGGGGGAACUAUGGUCUCACUGGAACGAUGCGGGAGCAGCAGAUGGUUUUCAGAAAUGAUGCUCACAUCCAGCACGGCGAGCAGCAUCUCAUGAUCGAGUUCCGCGAUCAGGGCUACGUGGAAAUCAACGGCCUCCACGAUGCACCCGAUGCGGCUCAACAGCUGGAGCAGUACUUCUCUACCCAAGGCUGCAAGGUAUAUCAGCCCGGAUUCUGGGAAUCCUCUGAAAAGUAUUGCGACGUGAAGUAUCAAACUCCUCCGGGCUGGUAUUACCGUGCAGGAACCACAAACAAUCUGGGCAAACGCACCGUCGAAGUUGCAAGCUAUCUUGGGCAGCACGGAUGGAUGCUGCUGCUCUGCAACGGUGGCAACAUCCAAACAGGCCAGAAUCAGAGGAACAUCAUGCGUGAGCAGCAGGUGAAGUUUACGAAGGCCCGGCCAACUGACAACCCGGCAGCUCCCCUGCUGAUGAUCGAGAUGAGAACGAUACCGACCAGCAUGCACGGCCACUACCAGGGCUUUAUCGAAAUCAACGGUCAGAACACGAAUGGAGUGUACCAGCAGGUCAUCCAGUACAUGCAGCAGACAAUGCUUUGCACACCUCUGGGUCCGCAGCCGUACUGCGAUCUCCUGCUUCAGUGCCACUGCUUCCGCCUCCGAGAGGCAAUAACAUGGAAUCAUGGUUAUCAUGGCCGGCUGAAUGGUGAGAGCAACUUUGGCAGGUACACGAUGCGGCUGUGUGACUUCAUGGUCGAUCACCUUGGUGAGUGGGACCUGAUCGUUUGCAAUGGCAACAGUGUGGAUUCCGUUUUCCGAUACGGGAAGGACAGCACGAUGAAUGUCACUGGCCGCGAGCAACAGCUCAUCUUCAGGCAUCGGCCAGGUGGGCGCAAUGUGUUCAUGGCUGCGGAUGUGAAUGUGGCGAAGCUGGGUCGGGCCCCGCUCUUGCCGCCAAACUACUGGAAGGAAACCGCGAGGACAGGAUCGGUCGGCCAGGAGAUCGUUCCUGCGACGGCCGAAGAGAUCUCGUGGAUCCAGGAGGUCCUGGAUGGCACCUACAAGAAGAAGUCCACCCGCGAUCGCGCCGGCGGUCCCUUGGCCGAUCGCUUCGUGGUGGUCUCCGCCUUGCGAUCGGAACACCCAGGCUUGUGGGACAAGUUUGCAGAGAAGAGGAACCAAGUGGCGCGUGACAUCAAGGGCAGAAGCACCGUGGAAAUUGUGGAGCCGAAGACCAUGAAAGCUUGCAGCGCCUUUCAAGAAAGGUGUACACAUCCACGCCUCGGCAAUCCGACCAAUGAGGCUUAUCUCUUCCAUGGCUCCAACCCUACUUCUGCCAUCUCGAUCCUGAGCACUUCUUUCAAAGUGGACUUUGCUGGUGCAGCUGUUGGCACAAUGUUUGGACCGGGGGUCUACCUGGCAGAGUCUUCUGCAAAGUCAGAUGAAUAUGCCCGCGACGAGAACACAGGCGGCGCCUACGACGGACUAUUUGCGGUGCUACUCUGCAGGGUCGUCGUUGGAAGCUCCUAUGUUGUCGAAAAGCCUGGCGAUUAUACAGAGAAGUGUACCUCUGGCGAAUUUGACAGCGUCGUCGGAGACCGCGAGAAGGCGGUUGGCACAUUUCGGGAGUUCAUCGUUUUUGACGAAGCCUCCAUCUAUCCCGAGUACGUGGCGUUUUAUCGCCGAGAGUACAAGGAUGGUCCACCGCCGACAAAGCCGGCGCCAGCACCGGCGCCGUCAUCGUAUGCGCCCUCGCAGCACACUAUGCCGGCUUCUCCGGGGGGGGCUCGAACGAUGCAGGUCCAGAUUCCGGAGGGCGUGGAGCCCGGAGCCCGGAUUCAGGCGAAGGCACCUUGGGGUGACACGCUUGAAAUUGUGGUUCCAGAAGGGGUGUCUCCGGGACAGACCAUCACUGUGAGCGCCUAG